GUUUCCUAGCCUUAGUUUUAUGAAUAAUAUUGAUAUUUGACCUUGAUAAAAUAGCUUAUAUCAGUAGAUUUAACAAAAAAAAAAUAAAAAAUUUUUUGGGAUGCUAAAUAUAGUUUUAUCUACAUUGUUUUAAAUUUAUAAAGUUACAAGUAGAUUGUCAUUACUGAAACUAAGCCAAGUGGUUCUUUUCGAUACUCGAAGAAUGUAUUUAAAAAGUUGCUGGUUAAUUUUGCUUUUUGCACUUUUAAAAGCCAAAUGUCAAAGUUUGCAAAGUGUAAGUGAUGAUGAAUUGUUACAAUUUAUAAAAGAAGAAGAAAAGCUUAUAGUAUUAUUCUCAAAACAAAAUUGUGUUAUGUGUGACAAAUUUGAAAAAACACUUGACAGUUUGUAUGAAGAUUUUCAGAAGCACUUAAAUGCUGAAACUAUAAAAGCAGUAAAUAGUCAUUUAGCUAGACUGUAUUGUCCAACUAAGGAGCCAGCAAUUGUUUUCUUUAGACAUGGUGUUCCUUUAUUAUAUGAUGGUGAAGCGGAUGAAAAUGAGGUUUAUGGAUUUUUGGAAAAGAAUCAGUCACCAGCAGUUAAGGAAUUAACAGAUAAAAUAUUUGAACAUAUGACUCAAGCUGCGACGGGUGCCACCACAGGGGAUUGGUUUGUUAUGUUCUACGGUGCAUCUUGUGUGGAAUGUCAAAGAUUACAUGCAGUUUGGGAAGGCGUUGGUGCCACAUUACGUGGCAGGAUUAAUGUUGCCAGGAUGGAUGCUAACUUAGCGGGUCUUAAUACUGCUAAACGUUUUAAAGUUAAGAAGCUGCCAGCAUUUCUAUUUUUCCGUUUAGGCAAAGUAUACAGAUAUGAUUUGCCCAAAAAUGAUAUUAAGUCAUUUGUUACAUUUGCACAAGACUGGUAUAAAAAUUCAAAGGCUGAAGCUGUACCUCUACUUUCAUCACCAUUUGAUGAAUUGGUUGAUUGGUGUGUGGAGAUGAUAAGGUAUAGCAUUGCUUUUGGACUGGAAAUAUUGGCAAAAUAUCCAUGGAUUUGGCAAAUAGGUGUUGUUGGUUUUGGUUUAGUGGCUAUUACAGCUCUCAUUGCAAUUAUAAAGGCUGGAAAAUCUAAAACAAAAGAUGUUAAAAAAGACAAACAGACGCAAAGCAAGAAGAGCAAAUGAAACACUCAAUAUUAAAACAAUAUAUUUUAAAAUAGUUAAAACUAGUGCUUUUUUUUCAUAUUGCAUUUUAUUCAUCCGUCCACAUUAUUUGUUAUAUAUGAAGCAUGGUUUAUUAUUUAAAUUUUGGGUUUAAAUAUAUUUUAUGUGUAUUUUUUGUAAUACUUAAUAAUGAGACCAUAUCUAAACUUUGAGUAAUGGGUAACCCAUUACUUAAAGUUUAGGUGAAGAUUUUGUACUUUUAUAGUAAAUAAACAGAUUAUAUAAUUACUU